AAGUCUGUUAAUUCCACCGAUGCAACUUUAAGUUCAACAAACAUUUAUAAUCAAGAUGAAUAUAUUCGCUCUUUAAAAAGAAGUUUGGGAUCGCCACAACAGCAUGCUAUUCCUUCUACAUCUUCAAAAUCCAGAAAAGCACAAAAUUUCAACUAGCCUGGAUGAUAUGUUACUGGGACCAAAUGGAACUAGCCCACCUCCUCCGGCUCCCACAGAUAUAUUCGAGGAUAUUUUAAAUAUGACUAAUGAAAAUAUUUCUAUAAAUCCAUUCUUAGUUGAAAUACAAUCAGACGAGCAAAACCAGCAGCACCACAAGCCAAUUCAAACAAUAAACUACUCACCUCGACAAGCAAAAUCAGAUUCAGGAUUAUCGUCGAUGAGCGGCUGGUCACCAAAUUCCCCAGUAAUAGGAGGAAAUACACAUAAUGGAAACGUUUCACAUAAUAAAUAUAAAGAUAUCUCUGUAGAAAUGAUUCAGAUGAUGAUAAACUUGCCAGUCAUCAGUAAAAACAAAUCGGCGUCAACCACCAAAUUAAUCACUAAUGUAGCCAAAGAUAUCGAUCCCGAUAACAUAGAUGCUUAUCAACAACGAGAACAGAAGGAGAUUACUUUUGGUAAUGACUACAUAUUUUCAGAAGAAAACCUUAAUUAUAUUCAUGAGCUUUCGAAAAAUAUACCCAUUUGCUCGGUUUACGAAAAUAAAUCUAUUUUUAAUGCAAAACCAAAUCUGAACAAAUCCAGUUGCACAGUAGAUGAAAUGUUUGAAGGGGAACGCUACCGUCACCAUCAAAUCGGUCACUUUGCAAAAUCAAAGGAUGCUACUAAUAAAUCUCAAAAUACAGCAGCAACCAAAAAAAUAAGCACCAUGUCUGAAACAAAUCGGAUACCAGAUCUUUUGAGGAAUGAAAUGCAAAGUCAAAAGUUCAACGUAUUAAACAAAAUGGCAGAACCUUUUAAGGAUUUUGAAAAUUAUUCAAGGGGAAUUAUAAGUCAUCAGGAAAGCGAUAUCAAAAACGAACAAACACGUAAACCGAACUUAACAGAUAGACUAGUUUACUACCCAUCAUCAGUUGGUAUCGACGACAGUGACACCAAUAAUUUGGAUUACCUUGACAUCAAAGAAUGUGAUCGUUUUCAGAGUCAAUCAUGUUUAAAAACAAUUAAAAGUCCUGAUACACCAUUAAUAAUUCAAUCUCAUUCGUUCGAGCUUGUAGACGAACUUGAUUCUAAGGGCAUUGAAAUUGAUCAAGGACAGAACAUACAGUUAUCCUCGAUAAAAUCACCUAAGGUAUGGAACAAAAUAAGUCAUUUACUGCAGGAUAAUUUAAAAUUAAAACGUUCAGUUAGAUACAACCGCUCUCAUUCACUGCCCGGUGAUGAUUCUACACAUCGAGAGGCUGGAGAAUCUCAAAUUUAUUGUGGUCCAGCUGCUCCAAAUACAUUAGAUAAUGAAACCUUACUAAUAACAAAUAACCGUAGCCGCAGCACUGGUAGACGUAGGAAUACCCAGCUUUCAAAACGCAUUCAGAAAUUACCAAUGCGCAUUAUUCAAAGAGCAACAAGUGCAAUAUCAACAAGUGAUCAGAACAUAGAUCAAUAUACAUAUGGAGAUUCACUUAGAGAAGAUAACAAACAAAAUAAAAAACGGACCUUGUCGAUCAAAAUAAACAGCCUCAUGCGUAAGGCAAAAACAUAUAAGCGACACAGCCUCAGCCAUUUAAAUUCCGAGAUAGAAAUGGAAUUAAAUAUUAAUCAAGCUAAACAACAAAAAAAUAUUUCAGAUAAUGAACGCUCAAUAAAUAACUGUUAUGUAGAUUAUAAGUAUGAUGAAUUUCAGAAUAAAAACAAAAGUUACGGCGAAACAACUCCACAACAUUAUUAUCCUACGAAUUCUGCAAUUGCAGAAUCAAAUCUUUUUGCCAUUGUGGGGGACUUAAAACGAUCAUCAAAUACUGACUCGCAACUUCCAACUGAUUCCGAUACGAUUGGAGAGCAAAACGAUAAUGAGAAUAUUCAGCAACCUGAAAAUUUAGUAAAUCUUAACGAAGUAUAUUCCAUCAAUAAAACAAUAUGUGAAGACCUAAAGACAAGUCGUCAUUUGAUGCAGAACACACCACCUUCAUUUCGACCCGAUGAUGACAGUAAAAACUGUUCUGAAUUAGUAAUUACACAAACAUUCGACCCGACUAUAAAAUGUGAAACGUCUACAUCAAUGCCAUUGCCACAACCACCGCUUCUAGUGGCAAUAACAUUUAUAGAGAAAACUUCAGCAACUACUACAACUUCAAACUCCACAAUUGUGACAAAAAACAGCGCAUCUCAACAACAACAAUCGUUAGACAUUCCAGGCAGUCUUGGAAAUGGCUGUAGAGACGACGAUGACAAUCGUAGUCAACACUCUGGACGUACACUUUCGUCAUCACGUCGCCAGAGCACUGAGGACAGUAUUGACACAGAUGACGAAUAUUUUUGUUAUGAGCUGCGACAACUUGAGGAACUUGAGCGCACAACUGAGACUGAGGAAUCUAUAGUAGUUGCAAGCUCUGAUGUGUAUGACGAUGACGGUGGACAGAGUUGUAAGGGGAGUGCCGUUGAUAAUGCUGUACUUUUUUUCACAAAUUGAUCAAUUGGCGACUA